CGCCAGGAGCAGCAGCCGGGAGCCUCACGCGGACCAGCGCUCUAUGGCCAUAGGGAGCCGCUGAGAGCAGAACACGCGCCCGCACCCCGCUGCACCGCACCCCGCGCCUCUCGGUUCCCCCGGCCCGCGCCCCCCACCCCGCCCCACCCCACUGCCACCAUGAACCACUCGCCACUCAAGACCGCGCUGGCGUACGAAUGCUUCCAGGACCAGGACAACUCCACGCUGGCUUUGCCCUCCGACCAAAAGAUGAAGACCGGCACGUCGGGCAGGCAGCGUGUGCAGGAGCAGGUGAUGAUGACCGUCAAAAGGCAGAAGUCCAAGUCUUCGCAGUCGUCCACCCUGAGCCACUCCAACCGAGGUUCCAUGUAUGAUGGGCUGGCUGACAAUUACAAUAACUACGGGACCACGAGCAGAAGCAGCUACUUCUCUAAGUUCCAGGCAGGGAACGGCUCCUGGGGCUAUCCGAUCUACAAUGGGACCCUCAAGCGGGAGCCCGACAACAGACGCUUCAGCUCCUACAGCCAGAUGGAGAACUGGAGCCGGCACUAUCCGCGGGGCAGCUGUGCCACCACUGGCGCCGGCAGCGACAUCUGCUUCAUGCAGAAAAUCAAGGCGAGCCGCAGUGAGCCUGACCUCUACUGUGACCCGAGGGGCACGCUGCGCAAGGGCACGCUGAGCAGCAGCAAGGGCCACAAGACCACCCAGAACCGCUACAGCUUUUACAGCACUUGCAGCGGUCAGAAGGCCGUCAAGAAGUGCCCCGUGCGACCGCCCUCCUGCAUCUCCAAGCAGGACCCGGUGUAUGUGCCCCCUAUCUCCUGCAACAAGGACCUGUCCUUUGGCCACUCGAGGGCCAGUUCCAAGAUCUGCAGUGAGGACAUUGAGUGCAGUGGGCUGACCAUCCCCAAGGCUGUGCAGUACCUAAGCUCCCAGGAUGAGAAGUACCAGGCCAUCGGGGCCUAUUACAUCCAGCACACCUGCUUCCAGGAUGAAUCUGCCAAGCAACAGGUCUAUCAGCUGGGGGGCAUCUGCAAGCUGGUGGAUCUCCUCCGCAGCCCCAAUCAGAAUGUCCAGCAGGCUGCUGCUGGGGCCCUGCGCAACCUGGUGUUCAGGAGCACCACCAAUAAGCUGGAGACCAGGAGGCAGAAUGGGAUCCGUGAGGCUGUCAGCCUCCUGCGGAGAAGCGGGAGCACGGAGAUCCAGAAACAGUUGACCGGGCUACUCUGGAACCUGUCUUCCACUGACGAGCUGAAGGAGGAGCUGGUGGCCGAUGCUCUACCUGUUCUGACUGACCGGGUCAUCAUUCCUUUCUCUGGCUGGUGUGACGGCAACAGCAACAUGUCCCGGGAGAUGGUGGACCCUGAGGUCUUCUUCAACGCCACGGGUUGCUUGAGGAACCUGAGCUCAGCUGAUGCUGGCCGCCAGACUAUGCGGAACUACUCAGGGCUCAUUGACUCCCUCAUGGCCUAUGUCCAGAACUGUGUGGCUGCCAGCCGCUGUGAUGACAAGUCCGUGGAGAACUGCAUGUGUAUCCUGCAUAACCUCUCCUACCGUCUGGAUGCCGAGGUGCCCACCCGCUACCGCCAGCUGGAGUACAACGCCCGCAACACCUACACUGAGAAGUCCUCUACAGGCUGCUUCAGCAACAGGGGUGACAAGAUGAUGAACAAUAACUAUGACUGCCCCCUUCCUGAGGAGGAGACCAACCCCAAGGGCAGCAGCUGGCUGUACCACUCCGAUGCCAUCCGCACCUACCUGAACCUCAUGGGCAAGAGCAAGAAAGAUGCCACCCUGGAGGCCUGUGCCGGGGCCCUGCAGAACCUGACAGCCAGCAAGGGGCUGAUGUCCAGUGGUAUGAGCCAGUUGAUUGGGCUAAAGGAAAAGGGCUUGCCACAAAUCGCCCGCCUCCUGCAAUCCGGCAAUUCAGAUGUGGUGCGGUCCGGGGCCUCUCUGCUGAGCAAUAUGUCCCGCCACCCUGUGCUGCACAGAAUGAUGGGAAACCAGGUGUUCCCAGAGGUAACCAGACUCCUCACCAGCCACACUGGCAACACCAGCAACUCUGAAGAUAUCUUGUCCUCAGCCUGCUACACUGUGAGGAACCUGAUGACCUCUCAGCCUCAGAUGGCCAAGCAGUACUUCUCCAACAGCAUGCUCAACAAUGUCUUCAACCUGUGCCGCAACAGCGCCUCACCUAAGGCUGCAGAGGCUGCCCGGCUACUCCUGUCUGACAUGUGGGCCAGCAGGGAGCUGCAAGGCAUCCUCAGGCAGCAAGGUUUCGAUAGGAACAUGCUGGGAACCAUAGCUGGGGCCAACAGCCUCAGAAACUUCACCUCCCGGUUCUAAGAAGAGACUGUCCAAGCAAGUUCAGCUUGCAGAAAGACAUGACCCAGCUCAGAAGACCUCAGGCCUUGAGGAUGGGUUAACUGCUUCAUCCUGUGCAGUAUUUGGAGACGUCCAGACGCAACCGAGAGCAACCUGAAAACUGUGGAUGAUGGAAAUAAUUUUUGAUUCUUUUUUUUUUCCUUAGGGGAUCUGGGAGGCAAGAGGGUUUGGGAGGUUGGGUGGGGGAACUUUCUUGAGUUAAAGGGGCUUAUAUCUGAUGUCAAUACUUUCUUCUCUGAGAAACAGUAUAUAUAUAUAAUGUGUAUAAUGUAAGUAUGUGCGUGCGUGCGUGCGUGCAUGUAUGUGUGUGUGUGUGUGUAUGCCUAACAACAUAACCAACAACUGCAACAGGCUAGGUAUGCUGAUUCUUUGCAGUUCACAGACAACACAGAGGACUCUCCAUGUCUCCCUUAAAGACAAGAGCCACAUGUGUUGGGCUAACUGGAAGUAUCAUGUGUCCAGACAGGGGCCCUUGCCGGUCAAGCCACAAAGAGUUCAGCAGCCUUUCUCUGCCACUUCCCAGAUGGCAUGAGAAGGGGCAGUAGCCAGGGCCGAGGCUAAUGUUCCCUCUUAGGAGGCAGAUGGGAGCUCCAGAAGGCGCAGGAUGGUUGUCACUUGCUUAGCUAGGGAACAGGAGCCAAGAGAGAGGCUCAUCAUUCUUUGGGGUUCUGCAGCCACAUGAAGCCUUUAGCCAGCAGAGCCCCAGAUUUCUGAGAGCCUGCAAGCAGCUAUUUCAGGAGAAAGAAAGCGAGGGUAGUGCCUGAAGUCAAAGAGCUACGGGAACAGGUAGCUGUUCCCAUCUUCCGGGGGGAUUAGGGCGGAAACAGUUGGGGACCAGGCAGCUGCCCGCUCAGGCUUCUCAUAGAACAAGGGAGGAGAACUGGAAAUUAUCUGUGAUGUGCCUCAGACCCAGCCUGCUUAGUGUCAGGUGAGAGAAUGCUUGGGGGGUCCCAGAGGCUGAAGGUGGGGAAUUUGGAUGGAUGGACCAGGAAAAGGAGGUGUCCUGUUUGGCAUCAGCCAGCCCACAUCCUAGCCCUCAGCCAUCCCUCUUUCUCCCUGAACCCUAAUUGUCCUGUCUGUAUUCUGUCCCUGUGAAACAAAGAGGCCUAUCGGGGUGGAGGCAGCCAACCCCCCCCCCAACUUUGCACUGCAGACAGUAGUAGCCAAAGAGCGCCUGAGAGAACCCCAAGAGUGGACCUGUCUGUGUCAAGGUCCCUAGGACAGAUAGUGGGUUGGGGCAGAGCUGAGCCGCCCCAGGGCCUCUCAUGUCUAGGCUAGCACCUCUCAACUAGCAUGGUUAGCAUUGGGUAGAUAAGAGUGAUCAGGGCCACACCUCUUUCAAGGAGGAUGUAGGGUGCUUCCUGGCCCACCCCACUUCUUACCCCAGCAGUAAGACUGUAAACAUCUCUAUGGCUCAGGAUAGCUUAGUAAAAGAUCUGUCCACUGAGGAUGGAGGUCAGAUAGACGAGGACAUUGUCCCUGAGAGGAGUCCUAAACUAUCUAAGCCAGUGUGCUCUGGCAUUCUGAGCCUGUAACACCCUUCCCAGUUUGGCUCAUGUUAGAAUCUGCCUCCUGCCUUCUCCAGUAUCAUUGUGGGAUGCUACCCCAUUACACUGUCCUUGAAUAGGUUUUUUUGGGAUCUCCCUUGCCAGUCAUUGGGAUCCAAAACAAUCCAUUUCUUAAAACAUGCCAUUGGCACACUACUCCAUGCCAGGCAGUGUUCUAAGGAGGCACUUAAGGUACAUCAGUAAAUGAAACCUCCCACACCCCAGUCCCAUAGAGUGUGUGUGCUCCCAAGGAGAAAGGAUACCCAAGUCCUGGGCCUUAGGAACCGUCCCCUUCUUAAGUAAGUUGGAGAGAAACAUGUAGAACAUCCAAGUCAGCUAGUAGAACUGUUUUAGACCCCGAGCAACGCCCUCCCUUCAGCACGGUGCUCACUUCCUGCAGCCCAGGGGCUUAGUUUUCCUUUCCCUAGAAGGAAGGUUAGGUAGGCCCACCUUUUGCUUUGGGGAUGAAAUGGGUGCCUAGACACCCAGGAGCCAGGCCUGAUGAUGGUAACUUCCUCCAUGAUUUCAAGCGUGGCCCAACUCACGCCUGUCACUCAAGAAGGGUAAAAUUAAUGGGGCUUACGGAUACAUUCCUAGAAGCAGGAAAUAAGAGGCUGGCUGGACUUUAUGUAUCCCAGACCUACCUUAGUGUUUUAAUUCGAAUUUGCUUCCUAUUUACGUGCCUAAAACAAGUUACAGUUGAGGACCCAUAAGAAAGGCCUUCCCUGACUUUGGGAUUUCCUGUGAGAGAUCCAACUAUUGGCCACCUGCAGCCACCCAGUGGGGGAUGGACCAGCCACCCAGAUCCCACACCUCUUCUAAGGACCCAAGAGGACAAGGAUGACCUGUGCAUGUCCACUCAGCUCCCGGCUGGAGCUCUGGGCUUGUGGUGUCUGGGAAUCUCCCUCCAGCCCUUACUCUCCUGGCUCUGUCUUGUAUGAGAACCUUGUGCCAGCCAGGCCCUGUUUCCUUGUAUGAUACACCAUGUAUUUGCUUUG